ACCAACCCCAUUCCACAGCCAUCUCUCUCUCUCUCUCUCUCUCAAGAUGCCCAUGCCAACACUUGGCGGCUUUCCACCUCUUUUUCUCAUCCUCAUCAUCCUUCGGAUUCCCGCCACCGCCACCACCACCGCUACCCCCACCACCACGCUCUUGUCCGCCGACCCGCCUCCUCUUCCUCCGGCCAGCUUAAUAGUGCCCUCCGACGCCAUCGCUUUACUCUCGUUCAAGUCCAAAGCCGACUUGGACGGCAAGCUUCUCUACACGCUCAAUGAGCGGUUUGAUUACUGUCAAUGGCAGGGCGUCAAGUGCGUUCAAGGCCGGGUGAUGCGCUUCAUCCUCCGAGGAUUCGACCUCCGAGGGGUCUUCCCCGCCGACACCUUGACUCGUCUCGACCAGCUCCGAGUCCUCAGACUCACCAACAACUCUCUUGCCGGUCCGAUUCCUGACCUUGCCGGGCUCUUCAACCUUAAGUCUCUGUUUCUGGACCAGAAUUCCUUUUCCGGUACUUUCCCGCCCUCGAUUCUUUCUCUUCGCCGUCUUCUCGUUCUCGAUCUCUCUCGCAACAACCUCACCGGUUCAAUCCCGGCCGAAAUAACUCGUCUCGACAGGCUGAGCUACCUCAGGCUCGAUUCAAACCGCUUCGGCGGCACAGUUCCGCCGUUGAACCAGUCCUCUCUCGGAAUAUUCAACGUCUCAAAUAACAACCUUACCGGGGCAGUUCCCGUCACCCCAACUCUGUCGCGAUUCGGUAAUUCUUCGUUCUCGUUGAACCCAAACUUGUGCGGCAAGAUCAUCGGCAAGCAAUGCCGUUCUGUUCCCCCAUUCUUCAACUCCUCGGGUGCCCCUGCUGCCAUCGCCUCGCCUCCACUCCAGAAUGCUGAGUCACAAGGCGUCGUUUUAUCUCCGCCGUCCUCAAAGAAGCGCAAGAGAAUCGGAGUAGUUAUUGGAUUUGCUGUCGGAGCUGUAUUCCUACUUGCGGCCAUUCUUAUAUGCUUUUUCGCAUCAUUCAAGAAGCAGAGAGAACAUGAAAGGCACCGAAAAUCGGCAACAUUCAACGCCGAAGCAAUGGACUCCAUCGCUGCAAACGCCACAACUGAGACGCAAGCUGUAAAUAACGAAGCAGAAGCAAAAGAGAAGAAUGUGCAAAGCACUCAACAUCAGCAGCCCGUGCAGAGGGGCGGAAAUUUGAUCUUCUGUGGAGGCGAAUCACAGAUGUACAGUCUGGAGCAGCUAAUGAGGGCUUCGGCGGAGAUGCUUGGCCGAGGCACAAUUGGAGCAACGUACAAGGCUGUGAUGGACAAUCGGUUAGUCGUGUCCGUGAAGCGGCUCGACGCCGGCAAAACGUCGAUCAGCAGCGGCGAGAUGUUCGAGCAGCACAUGGAGUUAUUGGGAGGGCUCAGACACCCCAAUUUGGUACCAGUUAGAGCAUACUUUCAGGCUAAACAAGAGAGACUCAUAAUCUAUGAUUACCAGCCCAAUGGCAGCCUCUUCAAUCUCAUUCACGCAGGUGCAAGAUCAACAAGGGCAAAACCUCUGCACUGGACUUCAUGCUUGAAGAUAGCAGAAGAUGUGGCGGAGGGGCUUGCCUACAUUCAUCAAGCAUCGAGGCUUAUACACGGAAACCUGAAAUCGACCAACGUCCUCUUUGGUGCUGACUUUGAAGCCUGCCUUACAGACUACUGCCUUGUGGUACUUGCAGACCCAUCUUCAAGUGGCGGCGAUCCCGACUCUGAAGGCUACAAAGCCCCAGAGAUCCGCAAGUCCAGCCAACGAGCCACCCCCAAGUCCGACGUCUAUGCCUUUGGCAUUCUCUUAUUGGAGCUUCUAACCGGUAAACCUCCAUCCCAGCAACCAUACCUUUCACUCCCUGAUGUGCCAGAAUGGGUUAGAGCAAUGAGGGAAGAUUAUGACGGGGAAGAUGAUAGGCUUGCAAUGCUAGUUGAGGUGGCUGGUAUUUGUAGCUUGAAAUCACCAGAGCAGAGGCCGCUGAUGUGGAAAGUGCUGAAGAUGAUCCAAGACAUAAAAGAGAGAGUGAUGGUGGAAGAUGAACCCAGAGAUGCACGUAUAUAGUGGAUAUAAUAAUAUAGACAGAUACCUUUGCUCUGUGCUCGCAAGAAACUGCUCCCAAGAGAAGUCGAAUGGAGGCUAUGACAAAUGUACAUCUUGAGAUGGCUGAUUAAAAAUUUUACACAAGGAAUCUUGUGGGGCUAGACUUCGUUAUUAGAGGUGAAAAGGCUUCUCAGCUCAUCUUGGGCUCACACAGUGGGGUUCAUGUGCUAUGUAUCCAUCUGAAAAUUGGUUGAGUGCUAGUACUGUUGGUUCUGAGCUA